GGCGGGGCCAUGACGUCAGAGGCUGCUGUCAGCUGUGGAUGGGAUGAAGGCUGAUAAUCAGCCGCUGGGAUGAGGGGCUGUGUGCGGUACACGUCAUCAGCCAGGACUGUACGGGAGCGGCGCUCAUGACGUCAUCACUGGUAGUGGAUUCAUGUGAUACUACUGCCUUUAUAAGGGGAGUACCCUUUUAAAGUAAAAUGCACAACGUGGCUGCGUUUGGCUCUAUGCAGGAUCAACUAUUGCAACAGGAUGGACAAAAGAAUCCUGGAAGGCUUUGCAGCGGAGUUCUUUAUCCGGGUGCUGCUCCUGGGGAUAUUCCUGAUAACAGAAAUGAUGCAUCCGUUCCAGCGCGUCAUACAACCAGAAGAGAUGUGGCUGUAUAGAAAUCCCUAUGUACUGUCGGAUCGCGUGCCCACCAACAGCAUGUUUCUGAUUUCGAUUUUGGCCCCUAUUACUGUUGUGGUUGUAGCCCGUCUUUGCCGCCGAGCAGAUAUUAUCGAUUCCAGGGAAGCUAUUUUUGCUGCCAGCCUUUCACUUGGUCUGAAUGGCAUCUUCACCAACACAAUAAAGCUUAUAGUUGGGAGGCCUCGUCCAGACUUCUUGUUCCGCUGUUUUCCAGAUGGUCGGGAGUCACCAGGUCUGGAUUGUACGGGAGAUCCAGAAGUGGUGAUUGAGGGAAGAAAGAGCUUUCCAAGUGGCCAUUCCUCAUUUGCCUUUGCUGGGCUGGGCUUUACAGCUCUGUACAUAGCCGGGAAGCUUGGGAGCUUUUCCCCUAGUGGUCGUGGACAUUCCUGGAGAUUGUGCAGCUUUCUGUUUCCCCUGCUAUGCGCUGCCUCCAUUGCUCUGUCCCGGACGUGUGACUACAAGCAUCACUGGCAGGAUGUGGUGGUUGGCGCCAUUAUCGGAUUCUUCUUUGCAUACCUCUGCUACAGACAGUAUUACCCUCCAUUAACAGACAGAGAUUGUCACCAUCCAUACCGGAACAAGGCCCGCGUCUCAGGCGCUCAGGAGAGGAAGCUGAGUACUGCAGGCUACGCCCUGGAUGUAUAAGUGUAGAAUGGGACUUUACAUUCCUAAUUUAUUGACUUACAUCUGCUCCUGGUACUGGGCACAGCAGCCAUAUCUUAAAGACAAGAUGGCUGCUUUGUCAGGAGCAAAACGGUAAUUUAUUACUUUUCCAGUAACGGUGGGUAUGCAGGUAUUAUAGCUCUGGUGCACAUGAUGGACAUUCUCUGUAUAAGGACCAGCUAUAGAUACCAUAGCAGAACCUGAUCAUUGCGAUUAAGUCAAGGUAGGUCCUGACUAAAUAACUGAAAUCUACCAUGUCACGGUAAGUCAACCAUGUGUAGGCAUCACAUGAUGUAAAUGUGCUGUAAAUUAUUUCAGUAGGACCACACAUUGCUGGAUUUAAGGGGGUCAUCCACUCUAGACAACCUGGUUCUAUAGGACCUAUUAAGGCAAUUUUAAAGGGUACCUACUCUUAAUGUACAAUUUUAAUUAUUUUUUUUAAUUUUUUAUUGGGGGCUUUGAUCGUUCUUGGGCCGCUGCUCCCACCCUUUGCAAGGGAAUUUGCUGCCUGUUUUAAAGGGAACAAAUGCGCAUUGCUGUGUAUGCAGGCUGUAAUGCCCUGUAUACCUGUUCAAGGUAAUAGGGGUGAGGGGUGGUCUCAGACUUGGGUCACCCCAUGGAGAGCUGUAACCAGUGUCUUGAACACAUCCAAAGGGAAGACUGUGGUGUAAAAUUCUCAAGACAGAAUUGUAAUUCCUUCUUUAGUGUUUUGACAUUGAAAUAAUUCUCAUUCCUCAACUUAAAGGAGGUUCUCUGCCCCUAGACAUCUUGUCCCCUAUCCAAAGGAUAGGGGAUAAGAUGUCUGAUCGUGGGUGUCCCUCACUACUGGGGACCCCCCGCGAUCUUGGCUCUGGGACCCCAGACAUCUGGUGCAUAGAGUGAACUUCACUCCCUGCCGGAUUACUGGCGAUGCUGGGCAGAGGCUCGUGAUGUCACUGUCACGCCCCCUCAAUGCAAGUCUAUGGGUGGGCCUCCUGUAGACUUGUAUUGCGGGGGUGUGGCCAUGAUGUCACGAGCCUCCGGCGCUGCACCCGAUACUCUAAACGAAUGCCGGGUGCAGCAGGGAGAUUGCGGGGAUCCCGUUGGAUAGGGGAUAAGAUGUCUAGGGGUGGAGUACCCCUUUAUGGCACACAGUGCCUCACUUUUUUUAAAUAAUAAUCAGCAUUACUAAUGCUUUACUUUUAUAGAAUAAGGCUAGAUGUCUUACUCCUCCAAAAAUGGCAUUUUCCUUGUCCAUGGGCUGUGUCUGGUAUUGCAGUUUAUCCCCUUAUUGACAGUUGUUACACUGAGAUAUGGGUUGCAGAAUAGAAAAUCCACAUUGAAAUGGCUCCUCCUAACAGAUUAUUUUAUUUUUUUUUUAGUUAUGGUUUGAAUUUUUUUAAAAAAAAUUGCAGAGAAGUCGCAAGCAGGUCAUAGUUGCACAUAACUUGUAUUGAGGUCAGCGAAUUGAAGGUGUGUGCAACUUGUGGCCAAAAAUUCAUAAAGUGUGAAUUUUGUGGGACUGUCCUAUUAUGUUACAAAGCAGCUCCCGUGACAAUUAUGUGAUCACAAUUAUAUGUAUAUGACAAUUAUAUGUAGGCAAAAAUUUACUAUUAGGGCUCACAUUACAGAAUUCCCAACUGGAGAAAUUCCAGGCGUAGACUCCUUGGACAGCAGGUGCAUAGUAUGAAUGGUACUAGGAGGGUCCCCUUACCUGCCGCCCGAUCACUGAUUCAAUGAUGUAGCCUGGCUUAGCCAGGCCAUAUUAGUGGAUUACCGAUCACACUGUAUAAUGCUAUGCCAUAGUAUUAUACAGUAAAUGCAAUCCAAUGAUUGCAUAUAAAAGUCUCCUAUGGGAACUUAAAGUGUAUAAAAAAAAAAAAAAAAUAAUAAUAAUAAUUAUAUAAAACCCCCUCCCCUAAUAAAAAAUAUGAAUAUCAAAUCCUCCCCUUUUUUAAUUUUUUCAUUUUACAAAAAAUUUUUUUUUUACAUCAACCACAUCGUAGUGGAAUUAUUUUUUUUUUAAUAAAAAGCGAUCGCUUCUUUACAGAGGUCUUCUUAAAAAUGAAAGCAGCGAUCUGAUUGGUUGCUAUGGGCAACUUUUCCUUUGGACAAGUUUUGAUCUCCCCAUUGUACCCAUAAAAACUACAGAUCACGGCGCAAACAAUGAGCCCUCACACAUCCCCGUAUAUGGAAAAAUAAAUGACAAUUUUAUGCAUACCAAUUUUGUUUAAAAAAAAAAAAAAACUUUUUUUUUGGUACAAUAAAAAAAAAACUGUAUAAAUUAGGUAUCGGUUUAAUCGCAUUAACCUACAGAAUAAAGAUAAUGGUAAAAAUGAUACAUUUAGUGCACUGCAUAAAAACCAAACCCCCCUCAAAUGUUGCAAAAUUGCAGUUUUCUUAUACAUUUCUGCCCAAAAAUAAUUUCUUUUGGUUGUGCUGAACAUUUUAUGGUAAAAUUAAAGCUGUCAUUACAAAGUACAAUUGUUCGCACAAAAAAAAUAAGCCUCCUAUGGGUCUGUAGGUGAAAAAAUAAGUUAUGGAUUUUAAAAGGAGAGGAAGGGGAAAAAAAAGGAAAAUGCAAAAAUGAAAAUUGCCCUGGGCUUCGUCCUUAAGGGGUUAAAUGUUGCAAUGCAAAAUACAGUCCAUCGAGAGGAGUGAAACUGUGUAGAAAAUAUUUUGUUCUUUUUCUAUAACCCUUUUUUAGCCAUUUAUUAAUCUGUUUGUUUAAAAGGGUUGUCCAUCCAAAAAUGUCUUGCCUCCUAUCUAACAGAGCAUAGGGUGUCUGACCGCUGGGACCAAACACCCCCAAAUCAACUCCCCCUGCACGAUUAAUAGAACGGUUCUCAGUGGUCGGACCCCCUGCCAUCAAAUACUUAUCCCUUAUCCUGUGAAAAGAGGAUAAGAACAUUUUCAUUCCCUGGACAUUCCCUCAAACUCUAUCACAUAAGAAAAUACCUCAUAGCGGGGGAGACAUUGGUUUGUUGUACAUGUAUAAUAUCUUUCUGUGCGUCCUUCACAUUUCAGCAUUUAAUUUUGUCCUCACAUCCUGUGGAUUCGGAAAAAGAGGACUCUAAUAGAACUUUAACACCGUGUAAUUUGCUUUUAUUUCCUCCGUGCCCGUUUUGUCCCGUUUUCAUACACAGGUCACACACCCGGAAGUGUUGUAGUGCUAGUCUUUAUAUUUGACUCACCCCCUGGAGACAUUUGGGGGAGAUUUAUCAAAACCUGUGCAGAGGAAGAGUGGUGCAG